ACUUUCUUUCUAAUGUUAGUGGUUCUCUCUCUCUUAUUAUUAUUACCCUUUCAUAUUCUUCAACCUCAUGUGACCUUCUAACUUUGCAACAAAAUGUUAUCAUCAAAACACUACAAACUCUCAAAAAACUCACACUAGAUGGAUCCUAUUAUCAUGUUCAAAAGCAAUGAAUGAAAAACAAGAAACCAAAGACCAAAACCCUCCAACAUCACAAGACUCACAAAAGAAACAACAAACCAUCAUCAUCAACUCAACAAAUGAGAGACUAAAAAGAGAUGAAUGGAGUGAAGGAGCAGUGACAACACUUCUUGAGUCCUAUGAAUCAAAAUGGAUACUCAGAAACCGAGCAAAACUCAAAGGACAAGAUUGGGAGGACGUCGCGAGACAUGUUUCGUCGCGAUCGAAUUCGACUAAGUCGCCGAAAACACAAACUCAGUGUAAGAAUAAGAUUGAGUCAAUGAAGAAAAGGUAUAGAUCGGAGUCAGCUAGCUCAGAUGUUUCUGCUUGGCCUUUGUAUUCUAGGCUUGAUCUUCUUCUUCGUGGGACGGGACAAUUAGCUACGAAUGUUGCUACGAAAUUGCUACAAGUAAGUAGUAAUAAUAAUAAUAAUAGUAAUAUUAAUCAUGGUUUGGUUUUGUUGGAACCUUCACAACAAGGGAUUGAUGAAGCUAAUCAGCUACCAGAUCCUACUAGUGUUGCUAAUCCACCAUUAAUUGCGACUACUCAAAACUCUCAUGGAUCAAAUGGGUUUGAUAAAUUAGCCAAGGAAGAAGAGUUAGAAACUAAGUCAUCUGAUCAUGGACCUAACAAGAAUCCAUUGGAAACCGAUAGCAGCACGCCUGCGCUCUACAGCGAAAAAGACGAACAAAGAUGCAAAAAGCGGAGAAUGAGAUCGGAGAACAACAAUAACAAGAGACAGAAGAAAGAAUCAAUAGGAAUAGCAGAAAGCAUAAGGUGGCUAGCAGAAGUUGUUGUAAGGUCAGAGCAAACAAGAAUGGACACAUUGAAAGAGAUAGAGAAGAUGAGAGUUGAAGCUGAGGCAAAGAGAGGGGAAAUGGAAAUCAAGAGGACUGAAAUUAUUGCUAAUACACAACUUGAGAUUGCUAGGAUCUUUGCAAGUGUUAAUAAUAAAGAUAAAGAUGUUGAUUCAUCAUUGAGAAUUGGAAGAAGUUAAGGGGAUGUUAUGAUCACUUGUGUUGAAAGUGUAUAGAGAUUUAUGUGUUUCACAACUUUGUAAUUCACCUAACUAGUGAAGAGAUCACUUUAUGACAAUAAUUUUAGUCUCUUCUAAUUGACUUUAAUUGUAGAUGGUUGAUUGUAACCUUCUCUUUGAUUAAUUAACAAAUGAAGGGAUGCUUGUUUAUUGUUUCA